AUGGCGCUUGAAUCUCGGAUCACACAAGAAGAAAUCAAGAAGGAGCCAGAGAAACCCAUCGACCGCGAAAAGACUUGCCCUCUCCUUCUGCGUGUAUUUACCACCAACAACGGACGCCACCACAGGGCUGAUGAGUUUGCCAGAGGAAAUGUGCCCUCCAGUGAGCUGCAGAUCUACACUUGGAUGGAUGCUACUUUGAAAGAGCUGACUAGCCUGGUGAAAGAAGUAUAUCCGGAAGCAAGAAAAAAGGGGACACACUUCAGCUUUGCUAUUGUAUUCCCAGAGCCUCGAACCAAAGCGUACAGAAAGCUGACAGCUCUGGAUUACCACAACCCCAGUGGAUUCGACAGCAAAGAUGAAACACAGUAUAGGAAUUGCAUUGUUUGGCUCGAGGACCAGAAGAUCCGCCACUAUAAGAUCGAGGAGAGGGGGAACCUGAGGAACAUUCCCAGCUCAGAAUGGCCCAAAGCGUUUCAGAAGUAUUUACAGGAUUUGAACAGUCCGUUUGAAGUUCAGGAGCGACAGGAGGCAUUGGACUGGCUUCUGGGUCUGGCUGUCAGAUAUGAAUAUGGAGACAAUGUGGAGAAGUACAAGAACGUUCAGCCGCUGGCAUCCAACAGCAACAGCAACAAACCGGCCGACCCCUUGGUCAACCUCGACUGCGACUCUCCAGACUUCAAGGCUGGAGUCACCGCGCUCGCUAACAUCCUCAAGAUCCAGCGGCAUGAUGACUAUUUGGUGAUGCUCAAGGCUAUUCGCAUUUUGAUUCAAGAUAGACUUUCCCCAGAGGCUAUAGCUAAAGCAAGUCAAAGUAAAGAGGGCGUUCCUGUGGCGCUGGACAAACACGUCCUGGGCUUCGACACAGGAGACGCGACACUGAACGAGGCGGCUCAGAUCCUGCGCUUGCUGCACAUCGAGGAGCUGAGGGAGCUGCAGACAAAGAUCAACGAAGCCAUCGUCGCAGUUCAGGCCAUCAUCGCCGACCCCAAGACAGACCACCGGCUCGGCAAAGUGGGCCGAUGA